UGUGGCACUGGGACCAGACCAGUCAGUCCCCUCCGGAGAGCCUGAAGUAAGCAUGGAUCAAGAGACCUUGGGCAAUGUUGUCCUGUUGGCCAUUGUCACCCUCAUCAGCGUGGUCCAGAAUGGAUUCUUUGCCCACAAGGUGGAACAUGAAAGCAAGAUGCAAAAUGGGAGGAGCUUCCAGAGGACCGGAACACUUGCCUUCGAGCGGGUCUACACUGCCAACCAGAACUGUGUAGAUGCAUACCCCACCUUCCUUGUGGUGCUCUGGACUGCAGGACUACUUUGCAGCCAAGUUCCUGCUGCCUUUGCUGGACUGAUGUACCUGUUUGUGAGACAGAAGUACUUUGUGGGCUACCUGGGAGAGAGAACUCAGAGCACCCCUGGGUAUAUAUUCGGGAAGCGCAUCAUCUUGUUCCUGUUCCUCAUGUCCUUUGCUGGGAUACUCAACUAUUACCUCAUCUUAUACUUCGGAAGUGACUUUGAAAAUUACAUAAAGACUAUAACUACCACCAUUUCCCCUCUGCUUCUCAUCCCCUGACUGCUGAAUACAGGGCUGGUGCUCUCACCUAAUCAAUAGAGAGGCAUCAUAACUCAACCCUUUAAAGGAGUCUGCUUCUCCCUAGGCUGUAGAUAGCUGUAAAUCUAAUAGCCAUCUGGGCUCCACAGCUUCAGUUAACCUUGCUUUUCCGGGAAGAAAACAAUUUUGUGUCAGCUCCACCCCUUGAACAUGGCAGAGGCCCAGGAUUUAUUAUCCAGAUUCAUGCUGUAUGUUUUCUGAUGUAUCCUGCUCUCAGAAGAUGUUUUGUGACCAGGCAUGUGUUGUCUUAAAAUAAAGUACCACAGACAAAUUUUAA